AUGACCGGAGGCUCUAUUUUUAUAGUUGAUUUAUUUUAUUUUUACAAUGAACUGAUAUCUUUACAUUUUAUUUUUCUUUCUUUAUAUUUUUUCUUUCUUUAUAUUUUUUCUUUCUUUUCUGUCUUACCUAACAUCUUCCACUGUUUUUUACAUCCGUCCUUCCCUCCUUCUUUUCUGUAUCCUUUCAAGCAGCUAACAACACCUUUCUUUUUAAGGCUUCUUUUUCUUUCUCUUAUAAGGUCUUUUUUCUUUUUCUUUUCUUUCUCUUUUAAUGUUUCUUUUUCUUUUUUAUGUUCUUUCUCUCCUAUAAGGCUCCAUUUUCUUUUCUUUCUCAUUUUAGGCUGCUUUUUCUUUUCAUGCUCUUCUAAGGCUUCUUUUACUUUUCUUUCACUUUUAAUGCUUCUUUUUAUUCUAUUUUCUUUCUUUUUCUUCACUCAUCAGUUUCUAGACUUUUAUUUUUCCUUCAUUUCAUUUUCUUUUUCGUUAUGUUGGCACUUUUUCUUCAUUUUCUUUUGUCUAAUUCUUUUUUUCUUCUUUCUCCUCUUUUCUCACGAGUCUUUUCUUCACUUAGUUUUCUUUCAUUUUUCCAUUAUUCUUUUUUCUCAUUGUCCAUUGACUUCUUUUUGUUCUUGGUUCUAUUUUUUCAUUCCCUAUUGCUUUUCCUUCAUUUUUUUUCUCUCUUAG